ACGCGCACAUCAAUGCACGCGCAGAACAAUGCACGCGCUGAUAUAAUGAUAAUAAUAAUAACACUAUACAUGAGUGAGAGCUGGUUGAAGUCAUGGCGCUGCAGCAGAACUGUGCGGUCAUUGUUGAUUUUAACUUCCGUGUGUGUGUGUGUGUGUGUGUUUAGCCACUGCUGGUACUUCCGUGUCAUGUGAAGUUUCCCCUGCUCCAUCGCUGCCUGCACACACACACACACACACACUCUCUGUGAUCAGGACCAUGAGAGCGAUUCCUGACGAGCUGACCACGCUGAUUUCAGAUCUAGAACAUUUUCUCCAUAAUGGGUUAAAAGGAGAACAUUUAAGCAAGAAGGCAAAAGAGAAGAGGGAGGCGUUCAUCAAACGCAUCAAAGACUUAAAACUGAGUUUUCCACAUGAAUUUAAGGACCAAAUAGGUGGAGAGGACUCAGAGGAGGAGGAGGACGUCGACAGCAACGAAGGAGGCUCGCUGCAGUCAGAGCGCACAGACAAGGAUGACGACGCCUGCGAAGGAGCCCAGGAGUCCCCACCUGUGGCAGCUCAGGACCUGACGUCUGUCUUCAAAGCAGGAUACCUGGAGAAACGCAGGAAGGAUCACAGCUUUUUUGGCACCGAGUGGCAGAAGAGAUGGUGCGCUCUAAGCCAUCACACCUUCUACUAUUACGGCAGCGAGAAAGACAAGCAGCAGAAGGGCGAGUUCAGUAUCGAUGGGUACACUGUCAAAAUGAACAACACCUUACGCAAAGACUCAAAGAAAGACUUCUGCUUCGAGAUAACGGCUCCAGACAAGCGAGUCUAUCAGUUUUGUGCGUCAUCGGUGAAAGAGGCGGAGGAGUGGGUGAAACAGAUAGACUUUGUCUUGAGAGAUAUGACGGGCAUCAUCCCUGAAGAAGAUGAGGAGGAACAGGAAAUGUAUGACGAUGUUGGUCCUAUGGUUGACAGAGAUGAGUCGGAGCCAAUUGGUGAAGACAUUUAUGAAGAGCUCCCAGAGGAUGACAUGCCUCCUGUAACGGUGGAGCCAUCUAACAAACCUGCUCCUCCUGCUGCAGUUGAUAAGAGCACAGACUACCAGAACUUCUUCCAGUGCUUGUGGGACUGUGCAGGGGACCACCCAGAUGAACUGUCGUUCAAACGAGGAGAUGAGGUCUACAUCCUGAGCAAGGAGUACCAGUGCUUUGGCUGGUGGGUUGGAGAGAAGAACGGAAACAUAGGAAUUGUCCCCAAAGAGUAUCUGAUUGAGCUUUACGCCUUAUAAGUAUGAUCAUUUCCCCCUCAGCCAAUGUGACUGAUGACAAGAUAAGAAGAUUUUCAUAUCACUGAAAUACAUAUUUAAGAAUAUUUCCCUACAUUGCACUGAUUAUUUGUGUUUAUUUGUCUAGGCAACAUUCACAGCAUUUCAUGCUUUGCUUUUGGCAAACUUGUUAUUAGCAAGUGGCAACAUAAAUAAAGACUCAGACAUGA